UGUAUACAAUAUAAAAAGAAAAAAAAAUGUUCAGGCAGUAUAAAAAUAAUUUUUACCUCACAUUAAAAUUAUAAAUAUUUGUCCAAAAUAAGUUUCUGUUUAAGCCUGAGCCGAAUAAAGAGUGAAAAAUAAGUGGGCCUGAUUGAAUCUGAGCCCAAUUUAAUUCGGGUUUCUUAUCGGGUCCAACAAAAUGAAUCGGGGCUCCGAUCAGGGCUUUACUCGGUCCUCCUUCUUCUCUUGAGUCGCUCAACCGUCAACAGAGUUGGGGCUUAGGGUUUCAAACUCCACCACCAUUUGUGAUCAACUGAACUGAAAUUCCCAAGCCAGCAUGGGUUCAUGCAAAUCAGCUAUGGAGUUAUGGAGAAAGAAGGAGACUGUUGUUUUGAGGACAGUACUGAGACAGAGAUGGCGGGAAUACCAUGCUUUCCACUCAACCGACAUCAAACCAGAUAAACUUAUGGGUGUGAUAAAUUCAAGCUCAAAAACACAUUUUAAUGUAAAUAAGAAUGAUAUCACAAAGGUUCUACUUAGAAAUAACGAAUUUACUCUUCUUCAUCAAAGGCAGAAUUCAAGAGAAUGUACAGUUCGUCCGUGGUCGCAUUCGCAAUUCAUGAGAAAUUAUUGUGCAAACACUAGGACUCCUUCUCUAGUUAGAUCCAUUUCAUCGCAGGCUCCAAAGGAACCAAGAAAAAAGGCCAAUGAGACUAAAAAGGACAUAUCUACCGUUGAGGAUCCCUUUGAUUCUCCAACAUAUAAUAUUCCCGAGAAGCCAUUAUCAUUUACGGAAGGUUCUUCCUACAGUCUUCUCAUUAUUGCAGGACUUGGUGUUACUGCAGCUUCAGCAUAUGCCGUUUCGAAGGAGUUCAUAUUCGAACCGAAAGAGUAUAAUAUAUUUGGCAAGGCUCUAAAGAGAGUUCAAGAUGAUGUUGAGGUUUUGUCACAUGUGGCAAACAAAAUGAUGAUGUGGCUGUUCGGGUUUUGUCACAUGGAGAAGGGGAUUUUGGCGUCAUCUCCCUCAUCUUCGUCUUCUUCUUCUUCUUUGCCUUCUCCUGUAAUUUUAACCCAGGAUGAGCUGAAGAAGAUAGCGGCUUACAAGGCUGUUGAGUAUGUUGAGUCUGGGAUGGUUCUUGGCCUCGGAACUGGGUCCACGGCCAAGCACGCGGUGGCCCGAAUCGGCGAGCUUUUGCAUCAGGGGAAGCUUAAGAAUAUUGUAGGAAUACCCACUUCAAAGAUGACCCACGAACAAGCUGUAUCCGUUGGAAUUCCAUUAUCUGAUCUCGAUUCGCAUCCAGUUCUUGAUCUCGCCAUUGAUGGGGCUGAUGAGGUCGACCCGUAUCUCAAUCUGGUUAAAGGCCGAGGUGGGUCACUCUUGAGGGAAAAAAUGGUUGAGGGUGCUUGCAAGAAGUUUAUUGUCAUUGUUGAUGAGACAAAGAUGGUUAAGCAUUUGGGGGGUAGUGGAUUGGCUAUGCCCGUGGAGAUUAUCCCUUUUUGCUGGAAAUUCACGGCGCAAAGGCUUCAAAACUUGUUUGAGGAUGCUGGCUGUGUGGCAAAGCUGAGGACUUUUGGUGAAAAGGUAGAGCCUUUUGUCACAGAUAAUGGGAACUAUAUUGUGGACUUGUAUUUCAAGAAAGAUAUUGGUGAUUUGAAGGUUGCUAGUGAUUCCAUUUUAAGGCUAGCUGGAGUUGUUGAGCAUGGGAUGUUUUUAGACAUGGCCACCACUGUUAUCAUUGCAGGCGAGCUUGGUGUGACGUUAAAGAAUAAGUAAUCACCGGUAUAAAAGUUUUAAUAUUUCAGUCAAUAUGACUGGUAUCUGUUGUAACAAGGGAACGGUUUUUGUUCCCACUUGAUUAUGUCUAAUUUUGGUUAUUCUUUGUCACAUCUAAUUUUGAUUGUGUCUUUGGCACAAUUUAGCUUCGAAGAAUAGGAACAUUGAAUUUUCUAGACAGCUAAAUGAGGGGCUUAUAUUGUUGGUUCCACAUUGGUUAUGAGAUAUCUUAUACUUUAUAAAUGUCUCCUGUUGGUUCCACAUUGUGUUCCAUUAUUUCUACGUUGGACCAGAGUAGUGGGAUGUAUUAAGAUCUCCUUGAUUUUUGUUGGGCUUACCGAUACAUUGCAGGUAUGGAUUCAUUGGCUGUAGCUCAUCAAUUCCAACUCAGAUUGUUUUGCUCUAUCCAUGUUUGCACUCUAUUUGAAGACUACAAGUCAGAACCUACUGUCUAAAUUACAUUGCUCAAUGAGACAAUUGACCUCUAUUCUGGUUGGUUAGCUGAAGCCAAACCUGUUGUCUAGUAUAACAAGCUUGUCUGCUAUGUUGAUGUGUUCCAAUAAAUUUGUUUAAACCAUGUUAUGUCCAUUGGUUCGACAACUCAUGAUUAAUCACAGAUUUGUUAAAGGGA